CUCUCUCUCUUUAAUUUUCUCACUCACUCACUCAGUCACUUCAACUCUAACCUAUCGUUGGCUAUCGCAAAGAGAUACUACGAUCGGUCGUAAUCAAAGUAAUUCGAACUGUCUCUUGCAACGUAGUUAGGCUGAGAUAUUUUUAACGUGUGCAUAAUUGUGAUAUCGAUGGAGACCGUACCGAAAGAUUUGCGUGGAUUAAGAGCGUGUUUGGUAUGCUCUUUGGUUAAGACUUUUGACCAAUUCGAAUUUGAUGGAUGCGACAACUGUGACGCUUUUCUUUGUAUGAAGAACAAUAAGGAUAAUGUUUUCGAUUGUACGAGUUCCAAUUUUGAUGGAAUGAUUGCUGUAAUGAGUCCAGAAGACAGCUGGGUAUGCAAAUGGCAAAGAAUAAACCGGUUUUGCAAGGGCGUAUAUGCUAUAUCAGUAUCAGGACGAUUACCGGCUGGUGUCAUCAGAGAAAUGAAGAGCAGAGGAAUAGUGUAUAGGCCGCGCGACACGAGUCAACGUUAAUUAUUAGAGAUUUCUAUGUAAUAUGUAAAUAUUUAACUUUUCUUAAUACUGCAUUAGAACUAGAUCAAUCGAAAUACGAUCAUUGUAUUCAUUUUGUUAAGCUAAAUGUCCUCGCAUGAACAAUUCAAUAUAACAUCGCUUGUUUGCUACGACAUAACUAAAAAAAUCACUUUUUUUAGUCGCUUGCAGAGAAAAGAAUGGAAUCAUCAGAGAAAAAGAAAGAACAUAUUUCUAUUUCUAUUUCUCUACAACGUUAUUACAAAAUUGUAUUUCAGGAUUAAUAUUACAAAAUUUUGAUCAUUUAAAAUGUUCGAAUUCUUUUCUAACAAACUUUAUUUUUUUAGUUUUGUAGCAAAUGAGCGAUUAUAUGACAUUAAGAAUUUUUAAAAAGUAUAAGUUUAAUAAAUAAUUUGUAUGAACAUUGAA